UUCUUCUGCUAUUAAUUGUUUCUCUUUCUCCAAACAACCCAAUCUACCAAAGCCUAGGAAGAGAGUCGACGCUGCUUCAACCGACGCUUCUACAGCCUCUCUUGUCCGCGCCAAAGAUGGAAGUGCUUUUGUCAAAUGAUUGAAUAUGGCGAGACUGAUGCAUGGUUAUCUAUGGAACUAAUGUUUCAUCUGAUUGUUCUUCCCCUUACCCGCCAGCUGACCAAUAUCAGUGGUAAUCUAUGGGGAAAGACUCUCCAGGGUGCUAGGGCACAAAGAGUAGAGUAUCUUUUGUUGCACGCAUUUCAUGCAAAAAAGUAUAUUGUCCCAGACAAGUUUUCACCUCACACUAAGGAAACAAAAGUUUUGAAAAGGAGAAUAACUCAUGGUGUUGAGGAUGGGAAUAGGGAUGAUGUGAAUCUUGAAGAGGAAGCUCAUAACGAUCGAGGAAAAGACAAAAAGGGUCCUGCCUAUGCAGGUGAAUUGGUUUUGGAGCCAAAAAGAGGACUGUAUGACAAAUAUGUAUUGUUACUGGAUUUCAAUAGCCUUUACCCAUCCAUAAUUCAGGAAUACAAUAUAUGCUUCACAACAGUUGAAAGAUUUCCUGAUGGAUUAGUUCCUUGUUUGCCCUCUAGUAAAACAGUUGGGGUUCUACCUGAGGUAUAAUCUCCUCCUGGUUUUGCUUGAUUUGAACAGCUGAAUUUGCCAAGUUCUGUCGAAACUUUAUUACAAUCUGCUUCUUUAUUUGUGUUAUAGCUGUCCAUAUAGUUCUUUAAGUAAAUGCUCCAAUUGUCUGGAAGUGUGAAUCCCCAAUAUAAAUGCUCUAAGUUUAAUGAGGAUUGUUGCCUUUGCCUUUUAGACAUUUUAACUGCAUUGAUGUUUGGAUUUCUUCAUAAGUUCACUUGUAAAGUGUCAUGACCCUAUGAAGGAGCACAUGUGAACUUUUAAUUGAUACCUCGCUGUCGAUUAGGUUACACCAUCAAUUUGUGAGGUCUUUUCUUGUGGAUAAAAUUGGUAGACUCGGUGUUAUAUGUGUUUGUAUAGAUAGGAAUUGGUAGAACAGU